AUGGAUCCGGUUGUAGCAGAAAAAUGGUUUAGUUGCAUUGAAAACAUACUAAAUAUGAUGAGGGUCCAGGGCAAUGAGCGAGUGUUGUGUGCAUCUUAUAUGCUGAGAUCGGAUGCCAGUCUUUGGUGGGAGGUGGUUCAGCAGGCACAUAAUGUUAAUACCAUAUAUUGGGCUGGGUUGAAGCAAGUUUUCAACGAAAGAUAUUAUAACUCUACGGUCCUACCAGCAAAGACUGAUGAUUUCAUGAGAUUGGUGCAAGGAAAUCUCUCGGUCAUAGAUUAUGCACAGAAAUUUGAUCGAUUGGCGAAAUUUGCACCAAAUUUGGUAACUACUGAUAGGGUAUGGGCAGAUCGUUUUGUGAGAGGAUUGAAACCGAUGAUCGCUCAGGACGUGGAGAUUGUUUCGAGGGGUGCGUUCACAUACGCCCAAGUUAUAGAAAUGGCUCUUACUGCUGAGAGGAGCGAGGAAAGAAUCUGGAAAGAGAAUGAUGCCAGAAGAGAUGCAAAGAAAGGUGGGGCAGCCACUUCGAAUGAUCACAAAAAGAGAGGGCAUGAAAAGUUUGGACAGUUGGGACAAGACAAAAGACCCAAGCCUAGUAAUGAAAACCAUUCAAAUGGGGGUAGAAACAUUCCAGAAUGCCCUAAAUGCACUAAGCACCACUUUGGGGAAUGUCGGGCCAAGGCAUGCUAUAAAUGUGUAAAAGAAGGGCAUAUCAAGCGCAACUUUCCAUUGUGGAAUCAGGCUGGAAACAAAGAAGAGCCAAAGAAGGAUGAUAAACAUGUUCUGGCCAAAGUCUUUGCGAUCACUCAGGCAGUAGCUGACGCUAGCCUUUUAGUAGUAACAUGUCAGAUUCCUAUGGCCAAUACCACAUGUAAAGUUUUAUUUGAUUCAGGGAUAGAUGGGAGGGAAUUGUAUGUAGACCUGAAUGUAUUAGAUUUAUCUAAUUUUGAUGUAAUUCUGGGGAUGGAUUUUCUUUCCAAAUACGGAGCAUCUAUCGUUGCAAACGUAGAAAAGUGGUCUUUGCACCGGAAGGCGGAGAUCCGUUUGAGUUCGAAGGCAUAA